AUGUCCUUCAACCCCACUUCCACUCUUCUCUGCGUUUCCUCGGUGUCAGAUACUGUCCACAUUUUCCGCUUGGCCAACGCUACAACUUCCAGCUCUUCCUCAGCGGCCUUGCACGCCGUCUCAGGUGCUUUGGAAUCAUCAACAUCGUCGAGGAAUGACCGAUGGUCCCGACCACGCAGCCAUGAUGGCUCUGGAGACUCGCCAACGGGCAGUGCAGCUGGCUCCCCUGUCAGUGACGCGGCAGAUAUUCCAGCCCCCACUAGCGGAAGAGGCGGCUCGUCGGGAGGGGCGACGAGGAGGCAGAGCGGUUCCUUUAGCAGCAUCUUGCGGAGGUCUUCCCAGAUUAUGGGCCGCAGUGUAGCAGGUGUUGUUGGCUCAUAUCUUCCGCAAACCGUCACAGAAAUGUGGGAACCUCAGAGGGACUUUGCCUACAUCAAGUUGCCAAAGUCUUCGGCUAGCUCUUCUACGCAUUCGCGGGCAACCACGUCUACGACGCAGCCGGCUCCAACCGGGCCCCUGCGAAGCGUUGUGGCCAUGAGAAGCAAUAGCCCCGAGGUGAUGGUUAUCACCAGCGAUGGUGGCUUUUACGUGUUCGAGAUAGAUAUGGAAACCGGCGGAGAAGGGCGUCUCACCAUGAAGUUCUCCGUCCUCGAUGGCGAUGACAAACUCGACACCCUAUCAUACGGGUCGUAG